AUGGUGUAUAUUUUACAAGGUAUAUUAAAUUUUCCAAAUAAUCAAAAAUCUCAAACUCUUUGUUCAUUUCAAAUUCCUAAUGGUAAUACAAAUAUUCCAUCAUGGUCAACGCAUACAUUAGGUAUACAACAGCCUAAUCUUAAUAAUUUAACUAAUCCAUGUAUUAUAAAUUAUUUAAAUGGAAUAAAUACAUCUAAUACAAUUAAUGAUACAAUUGGUCCAUUAAUAUUACAUGAACAAUGGUCUAGAAAUACAAAUCUUGAAUUUAAUCAAGGAACAAUAUCACCAGUAUGGAAUGGAGAUUGUCAUUCUGUUGGAAAUACUAUUCCAAUUUUAUUAGAAAUGCCUACAAGUAUAAAAGGUGAAAAUCGCUCAUCUGAAUCUGAUCAUUCUCAACACUCCAAUGGCUCAAAAACUAAUCAUGGUACUACUGAUAAUGUUACAAGUACAACUCGGAGUUUAUGUGAGGAUGAUUCAUUUCAUAUAUUCGUUGGAGAUCUAGCUCCAGAAGUGCAAGAUGAAACUUUGUUGGCAGCAUUUUCCAACUUUGGAACAAUUACAGAAUGUAAAAUCAUCAAGGAUAUGCAUACACAGAAGCCGAAAGGAUAUGGAUUUGUGGCCUAUGCAACAAGACAAGAAGCUGAACGUGCUAUCCGUAUCAUGAACGGUCAAAUUAUUGGAACAAGAGCAAUAAGAACAAACUGGGCAGUACGUAAAGAUCCAGCAGACCAAGCUAAAGAUCAUCGUCCAUUAAAUUACUUAGAAGUAUUUAAUGCAUCAUCUGCUGCAAAUACAACAAUUUAUGUUGGUGGUAUAACUAAUGAAUUAACUGAGAAACUUCUUCAAGAUUCAUUUAAACAAUUUGGUGAAAUCAAAGAAAUUAGGAUAUUUAAGAACAAAGGUUUUUCAUUUAUCAGAUUCGAUUCACAUGUGGCUGCUACUCAAGCGAUUGUUACAAUGCAUGGUAAAAUUGUCGGUGAUCAAGCCUGUAAAUGUUCAUGGGGUAAAGAACCAACCUUUACCAAUAAACAAGGAUUAGCAAAGCGUCUAUCAUCUGCUAUGUUUGUUCCUACUCUAAAUCAUAAUAUGAAUGAUGACCGAAAUGGAAUUCUGUUGAAACCUCAAGGUUCUUGGCUUACAUCUCCAUCAAGACAAAAUAAUUUGAUACUAGACUUACCAGCGAAGAAAUAUAUAUCUGAAGAAUUACAUCCAGUUAGUAUAAGUUCUAUAACACCAACAGAUAAAACUCAAGUAGUAAAUAGUGGACAACAUAUAUCAUUGAGGAAUGUUUUACAAGAUGCUAACAAGUUGAACGGUCCCGUUGUCACUCCAACAGCAAACAAUCCUUUAUGGCCUUAUACAUGCUGGUUCGCUGGAACUCCUAAUCAAGAUACUCCAAUACCUGCAUUACUACUUGAUAAUGUUACAAGGGGAACGCUGACGAAUCAAACUGUAAUCCCUUUUGUAACGCCAACGGAUAACAAUCCACUCCUUUUAAGUUUAUCGGCUAUAGAAUUGGCUAAAAAUUACCAAUCAGAGAAACCUGAGAUUAACAUCAUUCCUAACAUAACAAAUGCUCAAUUCUCUGAUAGUCAAGCUAAUUUUUCAAAUAUUGGAGGAAUUCAAAAUGCAUUAAUAAAUCAUAAAACUCCUGUAUAUCAAAGUAUUAAUAACAGCAAUAAUAAUAAUAAUAAUAAUAACGGUACUUCACCAUGUGAUAUACAACAACACAUGUUAAAUUUAAAAAAUAUAACCAUUCCAAAUUUGGAUCUGACUAAUUAUUCAGCAUUAUCUAAUAUUCCAUUGAUUACAUUUUCAGCAUAUCCAUUCAAUUCUACAAAUAUUCCACCAUUUAUUCAUACAACAAAUGCUAAUGUAUCUGGUACUAUUGUGAAUACAACAAAUAAUAAUGAAAUUGAUAAAAAUUCAAUACAUCAAUCUGCUCAAUUAUCCAAUUUUGGACAAUAUACUGUAUAUAAUACAACAACAGCAAACCAUUAUAUCUCGACGACAGUUAUGAAUGGUAACUCUUUAGAACUAAUUAUGGACCAAUACGAUACAUAUAAUUUUUAUUAAAUAAUUAGUUAAAUGAAUCAAUCAAUCAAUCAUCAUUAUCUUCAUGAUCUUCAUUAUCAUCAUUAUCAUUAUCUUCAUCAACGUUAUCAUUACUAUGAUGGAGAUUAUAUAUGAACAAUUUUGAAAUAAAAUUAUAGUUUAGUUAAUUCUUAUUAAAUCUAUUAUCAUUACAAAUUAUUGAUUAUUAUCAUUAUUUUUUACUUUUAUUCAAUUGAUUGUUAAAUUACAAUUACAGAGUAAAUAAAUCAAUAAAACAAAAAAUAAACAUUAUUACAUAAUGAACUACCCCCCUUGUUUUUUAAAAAAAAAAGAAAAAGUAAAAUAAACAAUUCACUUAGAAUUGAAUUUAUUUACCAUAUAGUAACAACUUCAAUCUUAUUUCUUUACACAUUACAAAUCAAUAUUUUUAUUGUGAUUGUGUUUAUUCAAUUAUUGUUUUUUUUGUUUUAAUGAAACGAAAGUUAUUGAUUAUUAUUGACUAAAGUAUAUUGAUUACCUUUAUCUUAACUGUACACAUCGUAUAUAAUAAUUAUAAAAUGCAAUUGUAUUUUACAUCCUCUCAACAUGAUCCAUAUGAUACACAUAUGAUUCUUAAGGAGAAAAAAAAUUAAAUGAUGAUUUGUUUGUUUGUUUGUUUUUCUCUUUUAUUGUCCAGAUUAAUCAAUAAUGAUUUCACAUAUAUUCUUCCGAUCGUUACUCAUUUCUUUUUUUUUUUUAAAGGAACUUGAUAAACCAUUUUGAAUAGUGAACAUCAUUUGUUACUUUUUUUCUUUCUCUUCUGAAAUUCUUUCACAACAACACACUUUAUUGUUACUUGUGUUUUAUGUUUACCUGUUUUUUGAAAAUAUUAAAUAAACGAAUAAAUAAGUGAUUUCACUUAUACAAAACUAAACCCAAAAACAAAUAAGAAUUUUAAUGUAAUAUGAAAAUAAAAAUAAAUAAAUUUAACUGUUUUUUUUAAUUAUGUAAACAACUUUUGUUUUA